AUGCUUCAACGGAUGAUAGGCGCGGCGCUUUUCAACGCCCACACUUACGAGGAAGUAGAAGCUGACCAGAGUGCGUUGGGACAGGCCAUUGGUGUCGUCAUCCUGGUCACCAUCUGUGGCGUCAUAGGCGGUCUGGUUGGCGGUAUCAUUGGCGACGCAACGGCCAAGGACAUAAUUCUGGGCCUGUGCUAUGGUCUGGCCUUCGGCAUCGUCCGCUGGGCGUUGUGGGUGACCGUAAUAUUGAUGGUAGGUGGCGGGUUGCUGCGGUCCUCCGGCACCCAGACGAGUUGGUCGGAAGUUGGUCGGGUCCUGGGGUUUGCCUAUACCCCCGGUGUUCUAGCCAUUUUCUCCUGGGUGCCGGGUGUUGGCUGGCUGUUUUCGGUAGCCGCCUUUUUCUGGACUAUGGCCGCAGCGGUAAUGGGUGUUCGCCAGGCCAUGGACUUCGAGGGCACCGGCCGGGCCAUCCUGGUGGUUGUUAUAGCCGGCGUCAUUGGUUUCAUCCCCUGGAUAAUCCUUGGAAUCAUUCAGUGGCUUCUGUUGAACUAG